UAAGGUGUAGCGCAUCCUACUAAUUCACUCAUUUUAUAUUAUUCGUCAAUCUCAUGCCAAGAUAAUACUAUACUCUUUCAUGUGCAUCGUCAGAUCCUUAAACUUACUUCAGCUGCGUACCUUGGUAAGCAGCUCUGCGGAGCGAAUUAACUAUGGAGGUUGUAGGUUCGGUUGCGUCUAUUGCGCAACUGAUUGAAAUCGCGGCGAAAAUAUGCAGCUUUUGUGCGACAGUAAUGGGUGCGUCCCAAAUGAUCGAUGAACUCGGCCGUACAUCGAGUAUGAUGCUUCAACUUCUAUACCAGGUCAAGCAACAAGUUGAUACCGACAAUACAACCCGUGGUCAUCCUCUGGGACCCGAAGAUCUCAUCCGAGAGUUACAAUCAUGCAUGGUCAACCUGUCGCGGCAAUUCGAAAAAUUGAGCCCUAAGGGCUUCAUGCAAAAGUUACGUUUUGUCCAUAUGGAGAAGGACAUACAGAAAACUAUUGACAAGGCGUCACGCAUGAAUGGUCUCCUCAACUCAUGGCUCACUCUCGAUAUAAAACAGACGACGAAGGCUAUUGAUGACGGUGUUAAGACACUCAAUAGCCACGUGGAAGAUGAAAUGAUCACCGGUAGGAUUGACCGUCUUGUGAAGCACUACGCUCCGGUCAGCUUUUCGGAAAAACACGGUAAUGUCCUGCAACAAAGGCAGGAUGGUACUGGCCAAUGGUUCCUCGACUCUCCAGAGUUCCAGGAGUGGAUGAAGUCUUCUGGGGGGACUUUGUGGUGUUCCGGAGCACCAGGAGCGGGUAAAACAGUUAUGGCUUCAACGACCAUCGAGUAUCUUAGGAAGAAGUUGCAUGGGAGUAGGACGUGCGGCUUAGCGUACGUUUACUGCGAUUAUCGUCAGCGCCAGGACCAAAAAGCUUCCGUUCUACUCGGUAAUAUUUGGGCACAGCUAUUUCGUCGACGAGGACCAUCUGCCACCGAAGUUAACCAGGCAUUUGGUGAGAUGUUUGCGAGUCACGACUUUCGGCCAACCAAGACUCAAAUUAUCAACAUGAUUCGUGAUGAGCUGACUAACUCGAACUUGGAACGCAUUUACGUCGUUGUUGAUGCGCUUGAUGAAUGUGGCGACGAGAACGAACGGAACGGCUUCAUAGACGGCCUCAACAGCUUGCAACCGUUCUUAAACAUAUUAAUUACUUCGCGGAUGACACAUCACGAUAACGCAGGAUUCAAUGACGUGCGAGCUUUCCGAUUUACACCCACCAAUGAAGAUAUGAGUACUUACAUCAAUGCACGGAUACGAGAGUCGAAGAAAAUAGCUAGUUAUGUGGAUCGAAAACCAGAAUUGAAGGAACAAAUUCGCCGUGUCGUGAUUGAUAGGGCGAAUGGAAUGUUCCUACUUUGCAGGAUGCAUUUAGACACUCUGAGCCGCGCGAUUAGGCUCAAGGACCUAAUACAAGAUCUCGACCGUAUCCCUAAGGGCGAAAAUGUCGUGAAGGAUACGUACGACCAAGCAAUGGAGCGCAUUCGAGACCAAGGAACAAAUAUAGAAGAAUUUGCUCUGCGGGUAAUCCGAUGGGUUUGCUUCGCCAGGCGGCCCUUGAAACUCGCAGAACUCUUAUGCGCCCUCGCUAUCGAACCAGGUGACGAAGAACUCGACGAAGAUGCCGUUGGUGAUGAGAGCGACAUUGCUAAUUAUUGCGCCGGUCUCGUGGUGGUGGAAGGUGACAGUAAGACAGUAAGAUUCGUUCAUUAUACAACACAGGAGUACUUUAACUCGUUGAGGGAUACGCACGAAUUUAUUCACAGCAACAGAGAUAUCGCUCUAUCAUGCAUCUCUUUCCUUGGCCUGGACGACCUUACUCUCCCGAAAGGAGGCUAUGUGGCGCAGAUCUGGCCCACCGAGGACGAAAUUCCGUUCUUUUCUUACGCAGCUCUACAUCUCGGACACCAUUGCGUCUCGGAAUCAAGUGUCUCGGGUCCUGAGGAGUCUGAGGAGUCGGGGGAGAUCAUGGAUCUGUUUCUCAGAUUUUUAAAACGCCCUGAAUAUGUCGAACGCGCUUCUAUCGCCAUUCUCUCAAACCUCGGUGGAAGAAUCACGGGACUUUUCCAAGAUCGUGGGAUGCGUGUUCAAUUACCCACGAAAACAACAGCAGCGAGCAUAGCUGCAUUCUUUGAUAUGAUACGCGAAGAGUCCGACAGCGAUGCGUUCAGCGUAAGUGUUGAAUGGCUAGUGGGGAACACUGAGCAGGCUACGGGUCCAGAGGACUCCUAUUUUGGGAAUCCACUCCACUGGGCUUGCCUUGGUAACUCUACCAAAUCAAUCGAGGUGCUUCUAAACAACACCGCAAUCAAACUAGACGUCAAUUCAGCAAUAGUAAAUCCGGUAGGCUGGCAACCGCAUAUGAUUUCGGUCGCAUAUGGAUCUCUAGGUACUCUCCAGGCUCUCCUUAACCACGGCAUCGAUCUUUACAAACGCUCUCGACUAGAGCGGGCCACAAAUCUUGUCCAAGAAGCGAUUAUGGCAGCCACUACGGUGAAAGGGCCCGAAAAGACUACCCUAAUUAAGGCUAUCAUGGAAAAGGAUGCCAUUGGUGGCUUACUUGUAAUCCGUGAUGUUUACGGAAACACUGCCCUCAUGGAGGCAGUGCGUACGACCGAUUUUGAGGUGUUCGAAUGUAUACUGGGAUAUUACGAGCGAGCCCAAUGGCCACCUGGACUAAAGGAAAACACAAUUUUGUCUUUUGAGUUUGAGAGGAGAACGGCAUUGCAUUGGGCCGUAGCGCAAUCAUUUUUGCGCUUUAGGAGUACCAAUACCACUGCCACAUCGGGCCCUCUUCGAAUACUGGAAGCGUUGCUCGAUACUCCUUACGGGAAUGGUCUACUACUACGGCGUGAUUCGAGGGGCGAUACGCCAUUUGAGUCCGCAAUUCGUCACGGCUAUAUCCAGGCUGUUGAAACCAUCUUGGCAAAGCACGAACAGCAUCAAUUCAACCAUUUCCACCCGCAACAAGUAAUAUCUGGGCUCAACCUCGCCGCCCGCGUCGCGAAAACUUACAUUGUUGAAUUGCUACUAGGGAAAUUGAACAAUGACCUCCUAAGCCGUCCCGGGGAGGACAAUGUGUUACACUAUGCAGCCCGUGGCACUAUGGCCGAAAACACGGGAUUCCUGUUACAAAAGCUCGCUGGUCUACGCCUUUAUGAUAUUCCAGGAUCAAAUGGAAAUCUGCCACUUCACUACGCGGCAGCAAGUGGUAAUACUGAUUCUGUGGAAGCUUUACUCAAGCAGCAAGGCGUCAGCAUCAAUGCACGAAACGAAGCCGGACAAACUGCAUUGCACAAAGCCGUCGACGCGAACCUUAUUGAUGUGUGUUCGAGCCUUCUAAAAGCGGGUGCCAAUAUAAAUAUAGACGACAAGGAUGGCCUCGCGCCGCUCACACUAGCUAUUAAGAAACGAUGCACAGAUAUUUUAACUUCCAUGAUCCCUUAUGCCACCAUGAAGCCCCACAACCUGGAUGAUGAUGACAUCUCAUGGUUGCGAGAACAGCCCUGGGGAGACGGCUUGCUCCAACAAUCUACCAACUCUAAAUCAUUGGCAGAAAUUGAUUAUUGGCCGCAGCAAGAAGACGAUAUCGUAACCGCAGCGUUAUGUCUACGAAGAAAACUAAGACGAGGAAGUUCAAGCACAGCAGAGGCGUUCCAGUACGCCUAUGUUGUAUCGCGCAUCCUAGAUCUGGCCGAAUAUUGGGUCCGGUCGAGCGCUGUCAGAGUCAGUAUCGAUAACGACGGCGAAGUGAGGAGAUGGGGCGACCCGACGAUCCCAUUCCUCAGAAGCAAAGCUAUCACAGGACGACUUCUUAAACCCGUCUGCCGAGUCGAUUUCGUAAUCACUAGUCACGACCAAGGCUACUGUUCAGAUCCAAGUCGAGGUGAUAGUUGGACAUGGUUCACCGCCGACGUCAAUCGACGCGAAAACUCAGCCUUCGCCCAAGAACUUGCGGGGCCGAAAGAUAAAGAGGCUGCAAGUACAGAAAUUCAUUUAAUCUCUAAUCGCGGCGCGGACAGGCAAUGGCAUAUACAUAAGAUAUCAUGGAGUCUUACGGAUCCAACAGUAGCAGAUGCCGAAAGUGGUCUUUGGAUCAAAGCCUUGACACACGGAGAUAGGGUCGUCGUGUUACCGUAUGCGCGUUUUCCGGGCUGGGAAAACUGGAUUCGUCGCGUAAGAAUCGACAUUUUCACUACGUGCCUUAAGAAUGAAAGCAGUAAAACGUUAGAUUCGCAAUGAUGACAGCUCAUUCGCGCGUAUUUAGUCGAGGUUGAUAACAUUUAUCAUUCUUAUCGAAGACUCUUCUACAUCUUGCGACUGCCUAUCCCUUAAGUCCUAAUCCGAACCCUAACCCCCCCGAGGAGCCAUCCGCUACCAAAUUAUUCGUCUUCGCCCCGUAUAAGUCUUCUGCUUCUCCUGCACCUAGUCGACGAAUUCGUGAAGCUUGCGCAAGUCGUCAUCCCCCCGUUCAAUUCGAAAAGUGUUCAAACAAUCUUUGAGUGCCCUAAUCUCGUUCAGGAAAUAUUUUCGCAGCUCGGCGUGUAAUAUCAACAAGCACCGCGAGGAGAAAGGCACCACCAAGCCAGGUCAUAACUUGGUGCUAUACAUCCUUAUCUCCUUGAAGGGAGUAGCACUCG